GAUCCAAACUGCUUCAACCUCCAAGGGGAUUCGGCUCUUCUACAAGCAGCACGACGUGGGCACUCGGGCGUGGUGGAAAUGCUGUGCCAAGCGAAGGCCGCCUUAGACACGGAAGAUAUGCAGGGCAAGAUGCCCCUCACUGUGGCUGCGCAGUGCAACCACCUGGAGGUUCUUCGCCUCUUGCUGGGCGCGCGGGCGAAUUCCAACUUGAAGGACCACGAGGGGAUGACCCCGCUGCAGUGGGCGACGCAACAUUGCCACCUGCAGGCCAUGCAGCUGCUGCUGGAUGGGGGCGCCGACAAAGAUCUGGCCAACGACAGGAGGGAAACUCCGUUGUGUGUGGCAGCCAGCUGUGGCCAUGCCGCGGCUGUGCGACUGCUUGUGGCGGCCAGUGCAUCCUUUGAUCUGACCGACGAGGAAGGCCACACCCCACUGCACACUGCGGCUGUGAACAAUCAACCGGAAGCUGCACGCGCACUGUUGGAGGCCAAUGCUUCGCCGGACUCCCCAACACAAAAUGGCGCCUCGCCACUGUACUUCGCGGCCAGGCGGGGUAGCCUGGAGGUCGCCAAGGCACUUGUCGAGUUCGGAGCAGCCAAGGACCAAACCACGCGUAUGGGGAUCACGCCACUUUUCGUGGCGGCCUACUUUGGCAGAUUCCACGUGGCCCAGUUCUUGGUACAG